AUGGUCAUCCGCCGCGCUACUCAUGCCGGCUCGUGGUACACGUCCGACCCAGUCCAGCUCAAUGAGGACCUCACGCGCUGGCUGGCAGCCGUCGAUGGGAGCCAAUUCCCUCCUUCUGCGCACGUCGCUGAUGAGGGCGAGGUCAAGCCUGAUCCCGUCCAACUGCCCGUCAAGGACGCCAGGGCUCUCAUCGGACCUCACGCAGGCUACUCUUACUCUGGCCCGCCAGCCGCAUAUGCCUAUCGUGCUAUUCCCUCAAAUAAUCCCAACAUCAAGCGCAUCUUCAUGCUGGGCCCCUCUCAUCACUUCUACCUAGACGGCUGUGCCCUCUCGCGCUGCGAAGAGUACGAGACACCCAUAGGUAAUCUGCCCGUGGACACUGAGGUAACGCAGGAGCUGUAUGAGACGGGCGAGUUUGAGUGGAUGAGCAGGCGGGUUGAUGAGGACGAACAUAGCAUGGAAAUGCAUGCGCCGUAUGUCAGGAAGGUCUUUGAGAGCCGCAACGACAUCACGAUCGUGCCCAUCCUUGUCGGCGCAAUCUCAGCGACCAAGGAGGAUCACUUUGGCCGCCUACUCGCGCCUUAUCUCGCGGACGCCUCCAACUUCUUCGUCGUCAGUUCAGACUUCUGUCAUUGGGGGUCCCGCUUCUCCUAUACCUUCUACCGUCCCUCACCCGGUGGCUCUCCUCUCAAGCUAGGCUCUGGUACACGUCCGGACGAGGCUAUGCCAAUCCACCGCUCCAUCCGACAACUCGAUGACGAAGGCAUGCAAGCCAUCGCCGUAUCACCGGCCAGUAAGAAGACGGCAAAGGAGGCUCAAGCUGCCUUUACCAGCUAUCUCAGAGCUACAAAGAACACGAUUUGCGGGAGACACCCCAUUGCCGUGCUUCUCGGGGCUCUGGCUUGUUUGGAGGAGCAGGGCAAGGUUGGUGAAGGAGGGAAAGAAGGGCUGGAAGUGCGAUUUACGAGGUACGAGCAAUCGAGCCCCUGCCAAACAGCUCGCGACUCGUCGGUCUCGUACGCCUCAGCGUUCGUGCGAUUCUAGACUUGAUUUUUGCUGGAGUGCAAUAGAAGUAAGAGUCACAAGGGCAAGGUCCAUGGCGUGGCGUGGGUAUAUCUACAUGUGGUCGUCAUCGUCGCGCUGCUUCUUGCGCUGUUGCAAAGUCCGUCGUGUCGUCGUCAUCUGAGCUCCUCUGGCCACUCUCUCCUCGUCCUCCACUGGCCGUACUCUCCAUGCCUCGGAUUCACUGGGUAGUCUCGACCGUCACUUGCGCUAUGACCGAGUGGCAACACCCAUUGCCAAGGCUGUUGCCCCAUCAUGAAGCGCCAAUUCAGCAGCCCGUCCUUGAAUCGGGUAGUCUGCUUCUUGUAGCGCUCGCCACCUUUAGCUCCCAAAGGAGCCUCCUGCUCUACCUUCCACAAGUUGGCUUCAUAGCGCAGAUGUCCCCAUUCGCCCUCCCACUCCUUCUGAAUCCUCUUCUUACCCCUCAACGCCUCGAAGCUCC